AUGGCGCACAUAGUGCCGGAGUCCAAGGGCGCAGUCGACCGACGGGAAGAAAUAGACAAGGAACGUCAAUCAUCCAUCCCGGAGAAUUCGCAGUGCUUCAAAAGGGAUGAAACCCAAGUGGAAAAUGCAGUUGGCUACAAGGAGUACCUCGAGGCCCUUGAUAUUGAGGUUUCCGAGCGAGAGGCCCAAACCGUCCGAUGGAAGAUUGAUCUCAUCAUCCUUCCCGCCUUCUUGAUCACCCAAGCCCUUCAAUUCAUGGACAAGACGGCCCUUAACUAUGCCAACCUCUUCGGGUAUCAAAAGGCUUUAGGUCUCCAUGGACAACAGUUCAACUACCUGUCUGGCAUUGUGUACGCUGGUUACUUCUUCGGACAGUAUCCAUGCGGCUGGCUCAUCGGUCGAUUGCCAGCCCAGAGAGUCAUGGCUGUCAGUGUCCUAUGCUGGGGGGUCACAGUCAUCAUUCUUACACAGUGUCGAUCGUAUUCGAGCGCUAUGGCUGUAAGAUUUAUCAUGGGUGUUUUUGAGGCUGCUGUCACACCUGGUCUGACUCUCAUGACCGGCUUUUGGUAUACACGGAGGGAGAUUCCGCUGCGCCAAUGCAUAUGGUAUUCUGCUCUGGGAUGGGGCGGUAUAGUCGGCUCUUACAUCUCCAUGGGUAUCUCGAAGCUACCUGAGAACAUGACGCCCGAGAGAUGGAAAUUGAUAUUCUACAUUCUUGGCAGCAUCACCUGUCUUUGGGCGGUUAUCCUUUGGUUCAUGCUUCCCGAUUCUCCAUCAAACGCUUGGUUCCUCAAGCAGCGCCAGCGCCUGGUUGCUGUCAAGCGCGUUUCAACUAACGAAACGGGAAUCAAAAACAAGGCUUUCGAUAAGAAGCAGGUCUGGGUAGCGUUUCGGGACCCCAAAGCGAUUUUGCUCUUCAUAUCUGUAUUCUCUGCGGCCAUUCCAAACGGCGUGGUAAACUCGUUCUCGACAAUAAUCAUUCGCGACAUGGGCUUCGCAACGACCAAAACGACCGAGCUCAAGUCCGUCGGCGACGCCACCCAAAUCGUUGCUCUAUUCAUCGGCGGCGCCAUAACCCUCAACGUCCGAAACUCACGGUUGCUGACAGCCACGGCGGCCAACGUCCUCUGCACCGUCUCCGCAGCGCUCCUGGCUUACCUCCCGCGGUCGAACACUUGGGGCAGGCUCGUGUGCUUCUGGCUCGUCAACUCGCAGUCCGUCGGCUUCACCGUUUCCCUGACGACCAUAUCGUCCAACAUGGCCGGAUACACGCACCGAUCCCUGGCCAGUGCUCUUGUCUUCACGGCAUACUGCUGGGGCAAUUUUGCUGGCCCGUUCGUCGUCAAGGAGUCGCAGGCACCGUACUACGAAGGAGCGAGUAUCGGCUUGUUGGUCGGAUAUUGCAUCAAAGCGGGCUGCCAUGUUCUGCUGCUUGUGUAUAUGUUCUUGGAGAAUCGCCGCCGUGACAGGACCUAUGGCCUGGCGAACAAGGUGGAAAGCGACGAGGCAGGUAUGCUGGACCGAACGGAGUUCGAGAAUAAGAACUUUCGAUACGUAUUGUGA